AUGAGUGAGACAAACGCCAGCACCGCGCUGGAAACAAAAUUAGUUCAAUUGCAACUAACGACGAAGCGCACGGACGGAAUUCUUGCAAAAUCCGAAGAAGAGCCUAUUGCUCGACAUCAGGGAACACUAAGAACUGUUAUUGGCGAAGUGGAAAAUCUAAGGCUUACGGUUGAAGCUGAAAAACUGUGCAGAAAAGAGGAUACUACCGAGUGGAGCGAGGAGAUUGAUACCAAAAUCAGCGAGGCAGAUAGUCAUGUAAGACUGACGAAGCAAUGGUUGGCGGAAAACAAGAGGAAACUAGAGGAGAAGGAGAACGACGAGAAGAUCAAGUUUGAG